GUCAUUUCUCAUUACUUCGUGUAGUUAUUGUAUGGUAUUUUGUAAGCUUCUCUGUUCUUUAUUUUCUGUAAAAUUUCGUCUGACUUGUGUUGCAAAUAUUUUCUUCUAAAUUAUUUGAACGCAUCUCUUUAGAUCUUCAAAUAUGCAGAUCUUUGUCAAAACUCUUACGGGGAAGACCAUCACCCUAGAGGUUGAAGCUUCAGAUACCAUUGAGAAUGUCAAAGCUAAGAUCCAAGACAAAGAAGGAAUUCCUCCUGACCAGCAACGUUUGAUCUUUGCUGGCAAACAAUUAGAAGAUGGAAGGACUCUCUCAGAUUACAAUAUCCAGAAGGAAUCCACACUCCACCUGGUACUGAGACUUCGAGGAGGAAUGCAAAUCUUUGUCAAGACACUCACAGGAAAGACCAUUACCCUAGAGGUUGAAGCUUCAGAUACCAUUGAGAAUGUCAAAGCUAAGAUCCAAGACAAAGAAGGAAUUCCUCCUGAUCAGCAACGUUUGAUCUUUGCUGGCAAACAAUUAGAAGAUGGAAGGACUCUCUCAGACUAUAAUAUUCAAAAGGAAUCUACGCUUCACUUGGUUCUGAGACUUCGAGGAGGAAUGCAAAUCUUUGUUAAGACACUCACAGGAAAGACUAUUACCUUGGAAGUCGAAACUUCAGACACAAUAGAAAAUGUAAAAGCUAAGAUCCAGGACAAGGAAGGAAUUCCUCCUGACCAACAGCGUUUGAUCUUCGCCGGAAAGCAGUUGGAAGAUGGAAGAACACUCUCAGACUAUAACAUUCAGAAGGAAUCUACACUUCACUUGGUUCUGCGACUCCGAGGAGGAAUGCAAAUCUUUGUCAAGACACUCACAGGAAAGACCAUCACGUUGGAAGUCGAAGCUUCAGACACGAUAGAAAAUGUAAAGGCCAAGAUCCAAGAUAAGGAAGGAAUUCCUCCUGAUCAGCAACGUUUGAUCUUCGCUGGCAAACAAUUAGAAGAUGGUAGGACUCUGUCAGACUAUAAUAUUCAAAAGGAAUCUACUCUUCACUUGGUACUGAGACUUCGAGGAGGAAUGCAAAUAUUCGUUAAGACUCUCACAGGAAAGACCAUCACGUUGGAAGUCGAAGCUUCUGACACAAUAGAAAAUGUAAAAGCCAAGAUUCAGGACAAAGAAGGAAUUCCUCCUGACCAACAGCGUUUGAUCUUCGCCGGAAAGCAACUGGAAGAUGGAAGAACACUCUCAGACUAUAACAUCCAGAAGGAAUCUACGCUUCACUUGGUUCUGAGACUCCGAGGAGGAAUGCAAAUCUUCGUCAAGACACUUACAGGGAAAACAAUCACCUUGGAAGUCGAAGCUUCUGACACCAUAGAGAACGUUAAAGCCAAGAUCCAGGAUAAGGAAGGAAUUCCUCCUGAUCAGCAGCGUUUGAUCUUCGCCGGAAAGCAGCUGGAAGAUGGAAGAACACUCUCAGAUUAUAAUAUUCAGAAGGAGUCUACGUUGCAUUUAGUAUUGCGACUUCGGGGUGGAGCAGAAACACACAUUCCAUUCAUGGCUGCCGAUGAGCUGUCUUACAGUUAGUAGGAACCAUAAAAAUUCACAUUCUUGAGCCGUUUAUUGAGAGUACAUCUUCGGCAAUGUCUAGUAAAAUUGAUAGUAUUGAUAGUCUCUUUAUUUUACUUUUUUAUGUAAAUUCGUAUAUUCAUUAGUACUUGACGUUGGUAUAUAAAUAUUUAUUUAUAGAUGUUUUACGAGAAUGGCAAUCUGAAUGGCUCAAAUUACAUUUAAGAAUUCAUUCUUGUAAUCUGUUUAUGUUUAUUAAAGGACUAUCCAUA